GAAGUCUGUGUCACCUUCCUCUACCUCGUGUUGCUCUUCUGCCAGCUGAUUAUAGGCUGCCUUCUCUCAUGUGCGCUCUCAAAGCAGGAGGCUGUGAGCUCAGUCACUAGGUCCCUCCCAGGAGGCACAGCCGUACAAGCUGGGUGGAUUCCCAACAGCCAAACUUCAGGCUUCUUUCUAGCCAUUCUCAGAGCGUGAGCCUGACUCACAGCAUCCCAGGUUGCAGGCUCCCUCCUUCGCACAACUUGAUCUUGUAGAAACAGCUGCAUCCCUCAUGACACAAUGGCAAUGCCAUCAAACAACACAGCCUUAACCGUGAUCCUCUCAAAAUUGUUAGAAGACUACCUAGAGAAGAAAACCCACCCCACACCUGUACCCUUCAUUGAUUCUAGUGACCAUCUGGAAGUAGUGUUUAUACUUCUGCUGCUUGGAUUUUUUGGAUUCAUCACCUUUGGGGUCAUGAUUAGCUAUAUCCGCUCCAAAAAGCUGGAACAUUCCAAUGACCCCUACAAUAUCUACAUUGCCACUGAUCUCUGGCAGAAGAGGGAUAAAUCCAACUUUCAGGCCAAAAUAGUAGAAAAUUAUAAAUCAUGUUGUAUAUGGGAAAAUGAGCAUGCUGUCGAACAACCUACUAAUCGUAUCCCUGAAGUGAAAUCUUAAUAACAAGAUGGUCAGCCUGUUGAAGAGACAUUGUGCCAAAAGUACCAAAGAGUACCAAAGAAACAGCAGUUGGACAAUACAUUUCAAAAGUAAAGGGAUAGAAGCUAUAACCUCUAUUAUUGCCUCCCCUGAAUUGGUGCCAGACUAAUGUGUUGAAUGACAUCUUCUAUCAAUUCCUGAACAUGAUGUGAUUACUGUAUAAUAGAAGGAAUUGUUAUUUGAAGAGCUCAUCAUGAGGCACCAUGUUGGGAAAGGCAGCUGUUCUAACCUAAACAGUAAAAUAUAGGAAGUAUUUUUAAGCUACGGUUUAUCCCAGCAUAGUUUUUUCCAUUUCAAAAUUCUGGCUGUAUUGUGACUAGAUCCUUGUUCUAGACUUCAUUCUUAUUAACAAAACAACAAGCAUGAAAAUGUUGCUUCAGCUUGAUAUUUUGCAGGUAUCUCCAUCUCACCAACAGAAAACAUGAAGCUGAUUCAUAAGAGAUGGAGAAAGACCAAUAUAGUUUAAUAUGUCACAUAAUUUGUGUAUAAAUCCAGAUGGUCAGCCAAAUGGCUUUUAACCAGUUAAAAUUUAUGGCUGGGGACAGAUUUGUUUAAAUUUAGGAUAUAUUUUUUUUUAAAAAAAAUAGGAUUAAAAAAACACUUUUAAAUUUAGGAAAUACAGAAACAGCCAUUAGCAACUGUUCAGUUUUGCAAAAUAUGAAUUUACAAGGGAAAAUGUAGAGAGAAAGAGGAGCAGGAGCUAUAAUUAAACAGCUACAUUAUAUAGCUAAGAGCACUUCAAUACCAAUAUUGGACAC